GGCGGAGCACCCGACCCAACCCUGGGCCAGCCGCCUCUGCUCUAUGCCGCCUUCAGGCGGAGCACCGGACUCGAGCUCUGGAAACCCUCCAAUGACGUUUGCCGAGGCGAAGAGACUGAUGAGGCUGGUGAAUGUGGAGGCGCUUAAAAAGAAGCUCAGCAUGGAGACCGGGGAGGUGAUCGGAUACAAUGAGCUUCUAGAAGCUUGUGAGGGGAUGGGGGUCGCGAGAACGAAGGAGGAGGCUGCGGCUUUUGCUAGGGUUUUGGAUGAUGCUGGGGUCUUGCUCUUGUUUAGGGACAAGGUCUAUCUUCAUCCUGAUAAGGUGGUAGAACUCGUAACGAGAGCUGUCCCUCUCGCACUAACACCCGAAGAUGAUCCAAGAAGAGAAGAACUGAAACAACUACAGAAGAAAAAGGAAGAGAUCGAUAUGCUUGCACACAAACAAGUUCGCAAAGUUCUCUGGUCAGGUCUAGGCCUAAUAGUACUCCAAGGUGGCCUUUUUUUCCGUCUCACAUUCUGGGAGUUCUCUUGGGAUGUCAUGGAACCAAUCACGUACUUUUGCACGACUGCCAGCGCAGCUAUCAGCUACUUUUAUUUCCUUAUCACUUCGAGGGACCCAACUUAUCAAAAUUUGCUUACGAGGAUUUUUCUAAAGAAACAGAAGAAUUUGUAUCAGAAGAAGGAUUUUGAUUUGAAGAGGUUCGAGGAGUUGCAGAGGCAUUGUAAGAGCCCUUUGGAUCAUAGAGGAGAGAGCGAACUGGAUGCGAUUUAUGCAAUUUAUAAAAAUUGAUUUUUUUUACCCCUCAAGGGUCACUGUUAUAGAACUAACACGCUUGUUGUUCUCCCAAUUUUUUAUUGCUGUUCAAUCAAAUUUCUGUUAAAUUGUGAGAAACAGCAAGUCAAGUUUUGUAUCUUAUACGAAAUUCCUUCACAAUACAAAGUGCUUACUACAAAA